UUUUAAGAGUUUUUAUUGAAUUGGAGCAGGAUUUAGGACAAAAUCAAUGGGACGAGAGCAAGAUACAGUAUUUGAUGUAAUAUUUGAUCGUUUUGACAUAAAUAAGAGGGGAAAAGUUUCAAUAUGUAAUUUUAUUGAUUUUAUGAAUGAGCUAGAAAAGAUGAGAUAUAAUGAUUCUGAGCCAAUUUUUGAUGAUAUUAGCCGGAAACAGGUUGAGGAGUUUAUUUCAGAGAACGAAAGUCUAGAAGUGAAUAGAAACGAUCUUCUUGUUUUUAUAGAGUCUUUGACGGGGAAGAAGAUGGAAUCAAUUGCAGAAGAGUUACCAAUUUCAAGUAAAAAAGCUACUAUAGAAGCUAAUUUAUCGUCACGUUUGCGUUCAGCACCUUUAGAUGUUCCUACAUUACAUCACCAGAAACCUCGUUGUUUUAGUUCUAAAGAUCAUAUAGAACUAUCGAAUAGUCAAGAAAAAAGUCCAUUGAAUAAUGAGUCUAUGAUGCCAGAAUCUUUUAAUAUAUCACCAUUAUCUCAUUCUACGCCUAAUAAGAGACAGAUUAAUGAUAUAUCAUUUUCUGGAUUUCUUAAACCCUCUGACUUUGUUUUGUCGAAGAUAGAUGAUAGUCUUGGAAAAGAAGCGGUUCUUGAAGGAUUUGGGAGUUCACCAUCUUCUGUUUUACGUAAAGAAGUUUCUGAAUCUUCUCUUGAAAAGUCCCCAGAAACUUUGCAAAAAGACGAGAACAUACUUUUCUUAACAGAUUUAGUCAGGAAAUAUAAAGAUUCUGAACGACAAACCAGUGCUUUAAUAAGUAGACAUGAGCAACAUAUAAAUGAAUUGGAAUCUAAAAUCGAAAGUGUAUGUUUAGAGCUUAAGGAUAAGAAAAAGGAAUUAUUUGAAACCAAUUCAAGAGAAAAAAAUCUUUUCAAUCAGGUUUCAGCUCUUGAAAAAGAAUUAGAAAAGCAGCAAAGAGAAUUACGUUCAUGGGAAGAUAAAUAUUUAAAUAUGAAGACAAACUGUGAAGAACAGUUGAAUGAAGUAGAACGAGUAAAAAACACAAUUAAAGAAAAGGAGAAAGAAGUAGAAAAAUGUGAGGAAUUAAUUAAAGAUUUAAGAGAAGGAAAAGAUUCUUGGGAGGUUGAACGCUAUUUUUUCUCUGACAAAAUUUCUGCACUAAAAGAAGAAUAUCAAGAAUUAGAAUUAAAAAAUCAGAAAUUAAACGAGUAUAAAUUUGAAAAUAUACGUUUAAACGAAAUCAUAGAAAAACUUAAUUCUGAAUUAGAUGAAAUUAAAAGGAAUAAAUUGAAGGAAGAUUUAUUAGAAUAUACUACGACAAAUAUGAAAAGAGUGAAUCCUAUGAAUUUAGAAAACGAACUUUUGUCAACGCUUCAAAAUGAUAAAAUAGAAACAGACAAAAAUUUAGUAUUAGAUACCCAGCAACCCUUUAUAGAUACAUAUGAGCCAUUAAAUAAAAGUGUACAAGUAGAUACUCUACAAGAAACAAAUGUAGAUAUUGAGAAUGAAAACAAUGACGGUUUAAGUUUAGAUGUUUCUUCUAAGACGAAGUAUAUGGAUAAUAAAGAUCUUGAGAAUUCUCAAGAAAUUAAUAAUCAAUACGAUAUACUUUCCCGCGAAAUAAAUACUCAGAAUUAUUUGAUUGAGAAAAUAUUUCAACAUAGGUUCAAAAUUUUUAAAAAAAAUGAUGAAUCAAAAAACAAUUUAAAAAUUAAUAAUUUUUUGUUUUUUGUCUUAUUUUUUAAGUCUUUAAAGUGGAUUAUUUUUGUUUUAUCUAUUAUCAUUAUAGUUUUUAUUAGUGCUUGGAUAAUUAAUCAAAAUUGGUUUAUAUUGUUUGGAGAAAAGCCUCAGGGUAUUACAUAUGCUGAAAUGAACGCAUGGAAACGAGCAAAUUCUUUGGAUAAGUUAUAUGAAAAUGGAAUUAUAGGCUUUAGAAGACCAUGGUUAGAAGGGAAUUGGAAAUGGUUCAAUUAUUUAGAAUGGUGGAUAGAUGAUUUAUUAAGAGAUGUUAAUAUACAAUGGCCUAGUUAAUGAGAGAAUUUUAUGAGAGUAUUUUUAAUAAUAUAUUUCUUUA